GUGUGUGCACUUUGUAUGGGUUAAAUACAGAGCAUGCAUUUGGAGUAUGGGUCCCCAUACUUGGCUGUAUGUCACUUUUUUUUUACAUUAAAUAUCAUAACAUAGUCAUCAGCAGAUGAUGGCAAACAAUCGUAACAUUUACAACAUCACAUUAUUCCACUCACACAUUCUCCAUUGCCUUACUCAUGUGCUUCUGAAGAUCCUGGCCAGAUUAUCACCCUUUGCUGAGCACAGCAUCUUCUCAUUAAAUCUGAGGUUAGAUGACCUCUCUUUCAAUGCCUUCUGUCCUUGUUCUUCAUUGGCCCAACCAACCCAGGUGGUCUGAGACAUCUCCAAAAUCCUUCUAAGACUCCAAACAAUUCAUCGGGUCACCAAGAUCCAGUCGAGGAGUGAGCUGUAUAGUUGCCAGCACCUGGAGGCCUCUGGGCAAGCGAGUGGUCAUCCCGAAGGACUUCUGUUCCCUAAUCAAGAGUCAGUAUGGGGGCCGGGGCGAGCGCCGAGGAGAAACACUCCAGGGAGCUAGAGAAGAAACUGAAAGAGGACGCUGACAAAGAUGCCAGGACCGUCAAACUUCUGUUGCUAGGUGCUGGUGAGUCAGGGAAAAGCACAAUUGUCAAACAGAUGAAAAUUAUUCACAAAGAUGGUUACUCCCUCGAAGAGUGCUUGGAGUUCAUUGUCAUCAUCUACAGCAACACCAUGCAGUCGAUGCUGGCCAUUGUGAGGGCCAUGACCACACUCAACAUUUCCUAUGGAGAUGCCGCUGCACAGGACGAUGCAAGGAAGCUGAUGCACUUGGCUGACACCAUUGAGGAAGGCACCAUGCCAAAGGAGCUGUCUGACAUCAUUCUGAGGCUGUGGAAGGACACAGGCAUCCAGGCGUGCUUUGACAGAGCCUCCGAAUACCAGCUCAACGACUCUGCCGGAUACUAUCUGAAUGACCUGGAGAGGCUGGUCAAACCUGGCUAUGUCCCUACUGAGCAGGACGUCCUGCGAUCAAGAGUGAAGACCACCGGUAUCAUCGAGACGCAGUUCUCCUUCAAGGACCUCAACUUCAGGAUGUUUGAUGUGGGCGGUCAGCGCUCAGAGAGGAAGAAGUGGAUCCACUGCUUCGAAGGUGUGACCUGUAUCAUCUUCAUCGCUGCUCUGAGCGCAUACGACAUGGUGCUGGUGGAGGAUGAUGAAGUGAACCGAAUGCAUGAGAGUCUCCACUUGUUCAACAGUAUCUGUAAUCACCGUUACUUCGCCACCACAUCCAUUGUACUCUUCCUCAACAAGAAGGAUGUCUUCUUGGAGAAGAUCAAGAAAGCUCAUCUGAGCAUGUGCUUCCCUGAUUACGAUGGUCCCAACACCUUUGAGGAUGCUGGUAACUACAUCAAGGUGCAGUUCUUAGAUCUGAACUUGCGACGAGACAUCAAAGAAAUCUACUCCCACAUGACCUGUGCCACAGACACAGAAAACGUCAAGUUUGUGUUUGAUGCCGUAACAGACAUUAUCAUCAAAGAAAAUCUCAAAGACUGCGGUCUCUUCUAAGCAAGCAAUGUGUGGGAUGAGGUGAUUAUAAUAUAAUAUCAAAAAUAUGAAGUAGUAAUAUAAGGAAUAGUAUUGCAUUAUGUUGUUGUAGCAUAUUACAUUUCGCUACAAUUUCUAUAUGUGCAUAACUAAAAAGCCUUUCUUCGUUUAUUGAGAUGCUGAAUCGACAAAACCCAAAACUGACCCUUUGCCCCAUGUAGCCCGUUUUCCUCCCUACAAAUACAAGGGAUCUGAAUUGAUUAAAUCAUGUAGAUGAAUGUAUAUAGUUGUUGGGAUCUACACUUGAUUAAACACACUGCAUGUAAUUAAAUAUCAGAGCCUAAUACAAAUUCAUAGCAGCAAGUCAUAUAUACCAAGACCUAUAUGAGGUGUAUUCGGUUCUAUUAGUUUUUUUUUUUUUUACAGUGAUCUGUCCUGUAGAUUUACAACUACACUUCACACAGCUAUAAACCAAAUAACCGUCCUUCUGAAACACCUGCAUAUGCACUUCAGCAUAAUGUUUUGCAAGAGUACAUUAUGAAGUAUUUCAGUUACGCCUUAUAGCAGACACUGCGUAAAGUUCAGGCUUUUAAGCUGAUUGAGAAAAGUUGCGACUUGACUGGGAUACAAAGUUCUAUAUAUUUCACGGAGGAGUUAUAUCACGUUAUGUCCCAUCAGAAUCUCUAUGUAAGAUGGAUGACUUUGAUGAAAAGAUAGCAUUUACUAAGUUGUUUAGCUAAGGAGCAGCUAGCAGAGAGACAAAGAAUACAACAGCAAAAUUGAUUAAAAUGACAUAUAAACCAUAAACAAAUGUAAACUGAAUGAAUAAAGCUUCUGUAGAAAAGAUUGAACCUGACGUGUUUGUCCUUUAAGUGUCCUGAACUGCUUAAAUCCAGAGAAAAACAGGCUUUAGUAUCAUAACCACAUUGGGAUGGUUGAGUGUGUAUAUAGCCUACUUACAUAAUAUAUGAGAAUAAAAAUAUGAAUCAUUUUAUGAAUAUUUGUAUAAUUUGUAUAUUAUAACACACACACAUACGAAAUUAAAGCCUUCUUAACACCAGUAUAUCUAGGUUUAUUAAUUUUUAGAGUUUUAGCUUCAGCUUAUUGAUCACAGAAAAUAACUUUGACAUUAUUUUCUGUGAUUACUGGUUGUAAGCCAGAGAUGCUACAGUACUUGUACAGGUCAAACUCAUUAACCCAGAAGAUUUCCUUAAGAAUAUCAAGACCUGAGUGUACCACUCACUGAUGUGAAAAAUAUUGUGUUUUGUGCUCCAUCAAGGUAGAUUGCUAAACAGUUUUG